AUGGGAGGGCAUCAGAACGCGCACAAGAAGGAGCGGAUGAAGAAGAAGCGGCUCCAGCUACAAGCCAGGCGCGCCACCGUCAGCAGCUUCUACCUUCACGCGCCGCCUAACCCGACGACGGCGGCGGCCCGGUGGUUCUACGAACCGGCUACCUCGUCGUGCGAUAUUGAUGAUGAGAUUGGCGGCGGCGGCCGUCAGAUUAGCUUUACCCAUCGUCCGGAUUAUUUCUCUGGGUACGAUGUUAGUAAUAAUGAUGAGCAUCGGGGCGGCGGGUUUACUUUGACGCAUCAUCGUCCCGUCGGCGGUGGUGGUCGGAGGUCGGGGAAGGCGGCGGCGGCGGCCGGUUCCAGGGGCGGAACUGAUUAUUUGGAUCUGGAGUUGGGGCUGAGGUUACAAUAG